AUGGAAGGUGUGGUUGCUUCAUUGUUGUCAGAAGAAACUCGGAGGAAAUCUUCUGAGAUGGUCAAGGAUGCUCUCGCUAUUAAAGGUAAGCUGGAGGACAAGAAGUCAAAGUCCAAGUCAAAGGAAAGCUCCAAGACUCCUGGAAAGAGUGCAAAGCGAAGUACUAGAAUUGUGGGAAGACUGAUUCAUGAUGUAUUGGUGAAUGUUCUUCAUGUAACUGGAAAUAUUAAUAUAUUGAGGAUUCAUAAGGGGUCUUUGGCAGAGAUGUUGGGUGAAAGCGAUCAGGGAACGACAGCAGUGGAGUACAAAUCAGGGAAGAGGGAGGAGCUUGUGAAGAAAGGGUAUCGGAUUUGGGGAAAUGUUGGGGAACAGUUGAGUGAUUUAACUGUAACUUCUUUGGGCUCUCGUACUUUUAAGCUUCCUAAUCCCAUGUAUUAUAUCAGCUAG